UAACGAAGGCUACAAAGUUAACAAUUUCAUGAAAUCACCAGGGCAUGCAGAUGAAUUUAUUGGAGUCCAAGAUGAUGGUGAUGAGGAAAUGAAGAGUGCAGAUGAUAUGGAAGAUAAUGGAGAUGGUGAAGAUAAAAAGUCAUGGAAUCACUUGGGUAUUUGGAUGACUUUUCUGGAGUUCAAGAAGGAAGUAAUGAGGAUGGAAAGAGCGCAUGCGAAAGGGAGAGCAUAGCUUGUGCACAAGAUAAUGAAGUUAACAAUGGCAUGAAAUCACCAGGGCCUGCGGGUGAAUCUAUUGGAGACCAAGAUGAUGGCGAUGAAGAACUGAGGAGUGCAGAUGAUAAGGAAGAUGAUGGAGAUGGUGAAGACAACAAACUCAUGGAAUCACUUGGACAUUUGGAUGACUGUACUGAUGUCCAAGAAGGUUGUGAUGAAGAAGGGGACAUUGCAGAUGAUGUGGAAGAUAAUGAGGACAGUGAUGAUACCGAAGAGGUUGAAGAUCCUUCUCUAACCAGCUCAGGGAAACAAAGGCAACUAGAAAUCCAUGUGACAACUGUUCAUGUUAAAGGGCUAGUGAAAUCCUGGAAUGUAAAGAAGCUGAAAGAGCUCUGCAAACAGUAUGGAGAGAUCAUAAAUGUUUUGUUACCUCGAAAUUUUGGUGCUAAACACAAGGAUUUUGGAUUUAUUGCUUUUAGUUCUCAUAAAAGUGCACUUGCUUGUGUGGAAGGGAUCAAUAAGACCCAGCUUGGAGGAGAAACUAAGGUUAAGGCUGACCUUGCCAAGACAAGAUUUAGAGGAGCAGCGCAGAAGAAAAGGAGAUGGGGUAAACAUCAUGCAAAGUACGAAGAGGUUGGGACUGAAAUAAAAGCACAAGCUCAUGGUAACAAGUCCAAGGGAACUAGAAAAAGAGGAAGGGGCAUUGCUAAAGAAGAGAUUCAAGCUCCUUCAUUGUUGAAUAGUACUAAAGAAGGUAAACCAAACAACCAUCGAACCAGUUUCAGUGAAGGUCAGGAUGCCAACUGAGUAAAAACAGCUCGAAAGAUAAAGAAUUUGCCUCAAAAAAGGAAUGAUCGUGGGAAGAGAAAGAUUGACCAUGAUCUUAAUAGUAGACAAUCAAAGAAAUCUAGAGGUAAUGCUCAAGGUAGGCAAAUCAAUAGAAAUUCAGCGAGAAAACCUCACCGCGAGGAGGGGAGCAGCUCAAUUUCUGGAUCCAAGAGGCACCAAUCGGAUAUGGUAACU